GUGGGAGUAAUGGGACCAAACCUCCUCGUUGUCGAUAUAAAAACUUUUGUAGCUUCUUUAGUGAUUUGUGCAAUGUUUUAUAUGCGAUGUAUCGAAUUGUAGCUUUAUAUUUCUUUAAAUCUUUGUAUAGUGUUGGUGACGGUUUAACAUUACCAUUCAAUAUAUUCUUGCAAACUUCGGAAAGAGCUUCAAUGCUAUGCGGAGGAGCCUCCUUCAAUAUGUUUUCCCGUUCUUUUGGAGUGCAGGUUGCAAGCACUUUAAGGACAGUUAAAUGGUGACGUAGACUUUUCAUUUUGGUAUGAAAACAAAUUGUGACUCGAGCUUGGUUAUACCUGUUCGCAAUCUUUUAUCAGACUGGGUAAGUGGGUGUAGGUCAAUCACUAGAUAACCAAAUGGUUUCUCUGGUGCUUGUUCGAAUGCAUUCAGAAAGUAUGGCAACCGUGAUUUCCCGUAGAUUUGUCGUCCUAGAAGUUCGAGUUGCGCACGAGAUUUUAAAUUAUUGAAUAAUAUUAUAUAUGUGCUGUUGUGGGAUAGAGUGCGGUAGUUUACAUCGUUAUGGAAUAAGUAUUGACAAAGAAAAAUAAUUGAUGCAUUCUUGUGAUGGGACGCUCUCGUAUAGAGGUGAACCAUAUCUUGCAUAACAUUCUUUUCAGUCAUGAGAUCAUCAACUAUAAUCAGUGUUGGUAUGUUCUCAUCCCAUGUCGUUGGUAAUUCUUUACUAAAUGUAAUUUUAGUGAAUUCAUUCUGCCAGCUAGCAUCAUAUUUACUAACAUAAAAUAUUUGUUCUGGGACUACACUGAAUACUGAUAGAUUUCUAAGGAUGUUACGAACUAAGUAAGUUUUUCCUGACAUGGAAGGUCCGCAUAUAAUAAUUCGUGCAGGGUGGAUGAAAGAAAACGGUCUUACGUCGGACAUUGUGUCGCAGAGGUAGAACUGAAACUGAUAAUAAGAUGUAUUGAUAACUAGAUUUAUUACCCUCGAAAAUGGUUAAAAAUUGGGCUGUUCGGUACAGCAUACUUUAAAAGCGAUAAAACCCCGGCACGGGGGUUUAAUCGCUUUUAAAGUAAUUAUUACCCUCCACCGUCGAUUUGAUCAAAUUGACUUUUCGCAGACUCUCGUUUGAUCCUGAGGAGACGUUCGUGAGACAAAACGCGUCUGAUAGCUUCAGCUUUUGCUUCAUGAAUUUCUUGUUUCAGACGCCAUUUCCUGUCUUCGGUAGACUCAACUUCCUCCUCUUCACAUUUCUUUCCGAAACAGCGACGAAAGAGCUUCCGCAUAAUUAUUUUGGGAGAGAGCUCCUGGUCUGGGGAACGAAUGGGAAAAUGAGGAGGUGGGCUCGCUCGAACGGUAAUAAAUGGGAAAGAGUGGAGAGGAGGUUGUAUGAUAAUGAGGACGCACACGUUUAAAAGUUUCUUCCUCACUUGACUGACACACAUUCCAAAAAAAUGUCCAACAAAAACGGUAAGUUUUUGAUUCGCAAUGUAGUUCUUUUUUCUCAUGGAUAUUGUCUUUUUCAGAACUCAGCUCGAGCCCAAUAUACUUUGAAAAUGCUCCAGAGUCGCCGCCGCCGAUAUCUUACACGCCAGUGUCGGAUGAGAGCAUAUUUAGCUCUAGUCCGUCAUUUUUUCAAAACGCUCCAGAGUCGCCGCCGGCGAUAUCUUACACGCCAGUACCAAGACCAACGCCUGAAUGUAAGUAAAAGUUAUAGCAUAAUUACAAUAAUAAAUGAUGUUCACUUACAGAUUACUGGGGUCCGUCGCCACAGUGUCAGUGCUGUGUCCAACGAUUGGAAACAAAAGAGUUUCUAA